AACGGCUCACCAGCAAUGUCGACGGAAAAGAUCUUCGAGCCCACCGUGCCGAUACAGCGAUUCAAAAACACCGUGCCGCCCCAGGUCCGGCUCGGAACGUUCGAGAUCCGGCACAGCGGCCUGGCGGACUUCACCGGUGCAUUGAAGGAGUACCAUCGUGAGCAGCAGACCCACGCCGGUGCCGCCGGACCAAAUCAGCCGUCCGGUAGAGGCGCCCGCAGCACACAGAGCCGGGAGCAGGUCGAGCAGCGGCGGCAGGAGGCCGUCAUCUCCUACGAGGAACGCAAAGGGUCCGCAGCGCAACAGUUUGGCGACCCCUACUGCACCGUAUUCGUCGCCCACCUUGCCCCCGACACGACGCAGGACGAUGUCGCCGCCGCAGUGCGUGCCGUCCUUCCCGACCUGCCGGCAACACUCCCACAUGUGGCUCUGGUCCGGCGCCGUGCCAGACGGGCGUACGCCUUUGUUACGCUCGGGAGUCGGGCAGACGCCCGCCAGCUACUUUCUCUCGGGCGUCUCGACGUCCUUGGCCGCCGGGUCGUGCUCGACGUCGAGCGGGGCCGAAUCGUGAAGAACUGGCUCCCGAAGAGACUCCGCAAACGCUAAUCCAAUCUUUUGUAACCCCGUAGCCUUGUACUUGCAACUUCAAACCGCCGAAA